AUGCAGCAUCCGUUGCCCGAACGCCUCUCACCUCGACCGCCCAAACGGACAGCGUCUCCUCCGUCGCUUCGCGUUAUUCGCCAUAAGCUGGUGGCGAACUACGUUACCAAUCUCGCCCGAGUCAAAGGAGAGUACGGGCAGGAAGCCGAAGAAAGCGGGACGACAGCUCGCUCCUCCUCGAAAACCCCCGGCGCCAAGAAAAUGAAGAUUCCUCUACGACGCGAAACCCGGGUUCACGACUCCCCGCCCACGUCUCCCCUUGCCGUCGAGACUGGGGUACGAGCCAUCCGCCACACCGCGCGAACCACGGCACCCAGCUCCGCCGUCUUCGCCCCUAGUCUGGGGGCACUACUCAACCCUCCUGGCAAGAGAGUGUCGCGUACCCACGUUGGGAUACCCUCUAUCGCCAGUUCGAACCGUACUCGUGAACGCCGCUCCCCGUCCCCCUCGGGAACCGUCGCCGCUUCACCCUGGCCCAGGGCAUCCUCCGCCCCAUCCCAAGCGUCGCUGGACAGCAGACAUGAGCGGGCCAGAGACGAGCUCGCUCCCCCUCAAAGCUACGAAGCCCUUCGGGAGUAUGGAGUGGGCGAGGUCACGCCCGCCGAGCGUCGACCCAUGGACCUGAUUCCGGAGAUAGAACCGCGCAAUCCCUCCAAUGACCCGCAAGGACACCACCGCGUACCCGCAGUAUCCCCUGCCCCCUCCAUCCGCGACCUCCCGCCGGCGCUAGCGCCACCGCUGCGGGGACCUAGCAUUCCAGCCCCGGGGCACCCCUUGCCCCCCGCCUUCCAACCCAGUCUUCAGCAGUCACGGGCGUUCGGGAUAGAUCGCAUCCUGAGCCUUGUCCACCCCUUCGUUCGACGUCGCACUGGGGAUAUUCGACCUCACGCCAUGCUUGUCAGCCUGGACGCCGAUGAAGGGCACCCGACACAGCGCGUGCAAGGCUUUCCCUUCCCUCUGCCUCGCUACCGGCUCGAUUUCACGCAUGCCCUCGAAUGCACGCUGACCAGCGGGACGACGGUGAUCGUGGCAGGCCCUCAGGGCCUCGUCGGAGAACUCGUCUUGAUCGAGGAGCUCGACAUCGGGGCCGAAAGCGCUCACCUUCUGGGGUAUAGGGUUUGGGACCGCCGUUCGUUCGCCUGUGUGGUCGACGUAGCUGCGGACUGCUCCGAAGUACUGUCGCGGUACGAGGUCUUCCGAGGAUUCGAGUACGGCGUCAACCCGGUGCUCGCGUACCGGGACAUCCUGCAUGCCACGACGCGUCCCGAGCGCUGGGAACAUGUAUUCGCGCACACGCGGAUGUAUACGAUCGAGCGCUUCCUACGAGAGAUGGGCCGCGAGGACAUCUUGGCGUGCGUGCCCGACGAGCUAUGGGGAAUAUUCGUGGCUCCGCCCGAAGGACAGUACCUGACCACUGCUCUGUUGUACGCAGCGUCGGGAGUGCCCCCUCAUCUGCGAGGCCCGAAGCCUGCGCCGCGCGGAGAAAGCGCGUCGACCGGAAGGGAGCGUGACGCGUAG